AUGCUAUCCUCUUCCAACCCAAAUUUCGAUCGAUGCUUCGAACUGCUGACUGUCGGUCUUACCAGAUACCUCCAGACUUUGUUCCCACUGCUCGCAUGCGCACUAUCCUUUCUGCUUCUGAUCCUGCAAGCAGUUCGCCGGGCCUCAUACCCUCAAGCUCCACCACCCAACGACAACGUCUUGGUGGACACAGUUUCAAGUGAUGAUGAAGAAGACCUGGAAGAUCUCACCUUACAACGGACUGCCAGCCAUGUGCAUGAGCCUGUGAAAGACGUGGACCGCCCAACCGGGGAAGUCUUUCUGGUGACCAUUGAAUUCCUCCUCGUGGCCGUGCAGCUCGUCCUCAGCUUUCUGCAAGUCACACUGGCUUCUAGGCAUGAGUGGACUCCGACAAUAGCUCAGACCGUCGUCUAUCUCUAUCUCGCAAUCCUUGCUGGUGUGCGCCUGCUGGCUUCCACGACGACAUGGAAAGCUCCUCUUCAAGGCCUUUGGAAUCAUAGCGCGAUCAUCUAUGGCACUCAAUGGCUUUUGCAAGUCUGGAUCUUUCGAUCAGUGAUCCUCAAUCCCCGUUAUCACCCUUUUUAUUUUUUGGUCAUCGCUAGUUUCGCAAUCGUAACUUGCCUUGUUGUGGUUGUCUUGAUCUCACGGAAGGGGAACAAAGGGGUCUUGCUUGAGCACGAGGGCGACAUCGAGCCUUCACAAGAACCAUUGGCAAGUGUUCUUUCUCUGGUCACCUUCAGUUGGGUUGAUCCGAUCGUGUGGCGCGGCUACAAGAAAACUCUCGAAUUGGUGGACGUGUGGAACUUGACUAUUGAAGACAAGGCUGAGCAUGUGCUGGCUCAAUUCCGUCAAAUUCGAAAGACCCACACCUUGGCCGUGCGUUUACUCUUGCACUUUAAGACGCUUCUGUUGAUUCAAGGCGCUUGGUGUAUGCUUGCCGCUACUUUCAUGUUCCUGCCGACCCUUUUCCUGAAGGCCAUCCUCGAAUUCCUGGAAAAUCAAGACAAGAUUCCACGCAGCGCCGCUUGGCUCUAUGUCAUCCUCUUAUUUGUAACCGGAGCUGUACAAGCCGUUGGCGACGGUCGAUCUCUAUGGAUGGGACGAAAGGCCUGUAUCCAACUUCGCGCCAUCAUUGUUGGUGAGCUCUAUUCAAAGACCUUACGGAGAAAGGCCGCUGCUAGUCUUGAGUCCGACCUGGGCAAGGAAGAACCGCAGGAAGAUCGUUCCCUAUGGGCGAAAAUACGAUCCUGCUGGAAAAAUCCAUCUCUCAAAGCACAACCAGCAAAAGCAGGGUCUCCAGUUGGGAAGAAGGCUCCUGGCGGUCAGGCCAAAAAUGGUACUGUCAUCAACCUCAUGUCAAUCGACUCGUUCAAGGUCGCUGAGGUAUGUGCCUAUUUGCACUUUCUUUGGGCUGCCGUGCCUGUUGAGAUAGUCAUGGCAGUGAGCUUGCUCUACAAGGUCUUGGGCUUCAGCUCAUUUGCUGGCAUUUUCCUCAUGGGUUUAUUGCUCCCUAUAAACCUUUGGAUCGCAAAAUCAUUCCAAUCCGCUCAAAAGAGGAUCAUGCUCGCUACUGACGGCAGAAUUCACGUCACAAACGAAGUCUUGCAAAACAUUCGGAUCAUCAAAUACUUUGCAUGGGAACAGCGUUUUGCAAAUAAUGUUAACGAGAAGAGGAAUAUUGAGCUACAAGCUCUUUGGCGAAAAUAUGUGUUGUGGUCCGCUGCAGCUACUGUCUGGAGUGGAGUGCCAAUUCUGAUCACAUUUACCUCCUUUUUCUUGUACACCGUCAUCGAGAAGCAACCUCUGGUACCAUCAAUCGCUUUCCCGGCGCUCUCCUUGUUUUCCUUGUUACGUGUGCCUCUUGAUCAGCUUGCUGACAUGGUGGCCCACGUACAAGAAUCGAAAGUGUCGGUCGACAGAGUGGAGGAAUUUCUCGAAGAAGAAGAGACCGAAAAAUAUCUCCAAUUACGCCAGAGCAAGAGAGCGAGUCGCAAUGUCACCCGUAUAGCUCUUGAGCAGGCGACAUUGACCUGGGGUACCAUUGGCCCCGACGAUCAAGCCGCAUUUCGGCUCAUCAAUGUUGAUGUUGAUUUUGCCAUUGGCCAGCUCAAUGUUAUUGCCGGCCCUACAGGAUCUGGGAAGACUUCCCUGCUCAUGGCUUUACUCGGAGAAAUGCAACUGCUGGGCGGAAAUGUCUACAUACCCGGUGGGUCGGUUCGACAGGAAUUGCAACCUGACCCGGUUACUAGGUUGACCGAAAGCGUGGCUUAUUGCGCGCAACAAGCAUGGUUAGUCAAUGCAACUAUCAAAGACAACAUUCUUUUCGCCAGCCCCUAUGACGAGGAUCGAUAUCAUGAUGUCAUUUCAAUCUGCGCCCUUGAGCGAGAUCUCGAGAUUCUCGAUGCUGGUGAUCAGACUUUGGUGGGAGAAAAGGGCAUUACCAUGUCAGGUGGACAGAAACAAAGGAUUUCCCUUGCUCGUGCAAUAUAUUCUAAUUCGAAGCAUGUCCUGCUCGACGAUUGUCUUAGUGCGGUCGAUGCUCAUACGGCCAAGCACAUUUUUGAGGAAGCCUUGACAGGUACAUUAAUGGCCCAUCGAACUUGCAUUCUGGUUUCACACAAUCUUUCCCUCACGAUCCCGUUAGCGAGCUUAGUGGUCGUUCUGCAAAAUGGCAAAAUCAUCUCCAAAGGCACUCCACAAGAGGUCGUCGAGAGUGGAUCGCUUGGUGAGGACAUGAUGAAAUCCCGUCCGGUCUCGAGAGCAGGUUCAGCCGCACCCUCACGAGUGCCAUCAAAUUUGGAGGAAGAGACCUCAAGGCUCUAUGGCCAGAAAGUCAAUGGAACGGUGGCACCUCAUUCCCGAGCAGCGAAUAAGAGAAAGGCAAGAAUCAACAAGCCCGACAGAGAAUUUGUUGACCAUAGGUUGGAAGGCAAGGCUUCUGGUAGCGUCAAGCUGUCCACAAUCACAAUGUACCUGAGGGCUAUGGGCCCAUGGUAUUAUUGGAUAUUUGCAGCUUCGGGUUUUAUUGCAACCCAAAUCGGAUCCGUGGCGACGAACCUGUGGAUUCGGCAAUGGGCAAACGCGUACCACCUCAAGAAGGGCCCAAGCUCACAUGCUGCCGUCCACGCUUUCUAUCGCGACAGUGCAUACGGGACGAGUUCGAACCUCGGGAAUUCCUACCUGCUGGUACCUCCUAGCUGGGGUGUCUCGAUCAAUUGGAUCACGCAAACUGUUUAUGAUGUUGAUCCUGCAUAUUACCUUGGCGUCUAUGCGGCCAUUGGACUUGCCUAUGUCAUCAUCUGCUUCUUGAGAGAGCUCAUACUCUUCUGGGGCUCUCUACGUGCCUCGUGGGUUCUACAUGAGAACCUGUUGACCAGCAUCCUUCGAGCCAAGUUCCGCUUCUUCGAUUCGACACCUCUCGGACAACUAACAAACCGAUUUUCAAAAGAUAUGCAGGCUCUAGAUCAAGAAGUGGCGCCUGUUGCUAUAGGAAUGCUCCAUAGUGCUGCAUCCGUCCUCACUGUUGUGGUGCUGAUAUCCGUCAUUACCCCUGGCUUUCUUAUUCCGGGCUUCUUCAUCACGCUGAUGUACACUGCUGUCGGGCUAUUUUACAUUCGUUCUUCACGGGAUCUCAAACGGAUUGAAUCAGUGCAGCGCAGUCCCCUGUUCCAGCACUUUGGAGAGACACUUUCUGGCGUCGUCACCAUUCGAGCCUAUGGCGACGAAUCACGGUUCAUUCAAGAAAGCAACCUGCGCGUGAACACAUAUAAUCGACCAUUCAUAUAUUUGUGGGCCACUAACCGAUGGCUUGCAUUUAGAAUUGAUCUCUUCGGAGCCCUGGUAUCUUGCUUCUCGGCAAUGUUCGUUGUCAUCAACGCCAACACCAUUGAUCCAGGGGCGGCAGGUUUGGCUCUAUCGUAUGCCAUUACUUUCACACAGAAUGUCUUGUGGCUUGUUCGUCUAUAUGCCGCCAAUGAACAAAAUAUGAACUCAGUUGAGCGCUUACAGGAGUACAUUGAUGUCGAACAAGAAGCACCGGCGAAGAUCCCCGAAACAGCGCCUGCUGCGAACUGGCCAAGCCAAGGAUCUGUACAAUUCGUGGGCUACAGUACAAGAUACCGCCCUGACCUAGACCCUGUGCUCAAAAGACUUUCAUUCCGGAUCGAAGGCUCACAGAAAGUUGGCAUUGUUGGUAGGACUGGGGCAGGAAAGAGCUCUCUCGCACUUGCGUUGUUUCGAGGACUUGAAGCGGAGGGGGGCAAGAUUCUUAUUGAUGAUGUUGACAUUGCUCUAGUCGGACUACAAGAUCUUCGAGAAGCCAUCACGAUCGUUCCGCAGGAUCCCACACUCUUCACCGGAACUCUGCGGUCAAAUUUAGAUCCAUUUGAGCUUUUCACGGAUGAAGAAGUUUUUACCGCUCUCCGUCGUGUUCAGCUGAUAUCUGGACCUUACACCGAAUCAGAAAGGUCUGGAGCGACGACACCUCUGGAAGUCUCAAGCAGAUCUCCCACCCUUCGGGAGCGUGCAAGUCCACCGGAGAGCCACGCGUCGCUAUCAGCAAAGGGCACAGAAACUUCAGAAUCGACCCUCGUUCGCUUUGCCACCAACACCAAGGACAACAAGAACAUUUUCCGAGAUCUGACAUCACCCGUUGCUGAAUCCGGAUCCAACUUAUCCCAAGGCCAGCGACAACUACUGUGCCUUGCAAGAGCACUGCUGAAAGCCCCUAAAGUGCUUGUGAUGGAUGAAGCAACAGCAUCGAUCGACUAUGCCACUGACUCAAAGAUCCAAGACACCUUGAGAGAAUUGAAGAACAAUACAAUCAUCACGAUCGCACAUCGUUUACAAACCAUUAUUGAUUACGACCGAGUCCUAGUGCUGGAUAAAGGUGAAGUUGUUGAAUAUGAUGAUCCGUGGGAGCUGAUGCAACACGAAGAUGGCCAGUUCCGGUCAAUGUGUGAAACAAGCGGCGACUUUGAUUCACUUUAUGAGCUUGCGAAGAAAGCAUGGCUAGAUAGAAGAUUGGUCGACGAUUCCUAA